GUAAUUUAUUUUCCCGAGUACAAAUGUGUGAAAAGAUAUGUUUUCGUUUAGAAAUAAAUUUCCAAAAUGAUCACUUUACCAAUUUCAUUCGGAGAUCCAGGUCUCUCUCUCUUUCUGAUUGUGAUUGAAGCUGCCCUCGAUUCGCCAACAACUGAACUUAGGUUGCAAUUCCAUACCAACAUCGACUAAAAACCCUAACUCAGCUGUGGUAUGUAAAGAGAGAGUAUUGACUAAGGAGUUUUAGUUACUAUGGAGGGCUGCAACUGCAUUGAGCAAUUUGAGCCGCAAUGGCCAUCUGAUGAACUAUUGAUGAAAUAUCAAUAUAUUUCAGAUUUCUUUAUUGCGCUUGCUUAUUUUUCUAUACCACUGGAGCUCAUCUACUUUGUAAAGAAAUCUGCCGUGUUCCCGUAUAGAUGGGUGCUUGUGCAGUUUGGUGCUUUCAUUGUUCUAUGUGGAGCGACGCAUCUUAUCAAUUUAUGGACCUUUAGCGUGCACUCAAGAACUGUGGUAAUAGUCAUGACUAUUGCGAAGGUUUUGACUGCUGCAGUGUCAUGUGCAACGGCUCUUAUGCUAGUGCACAUUAUUCCUGAUUUAUUAAGUGUUAAAACUAGGGAAUUAUUUUUGAAAAACAAGGCUGCAGAACUUGAUCGAGAAAUGGGCCUUAUCCGUACACAGGAAGAGACAGGUCGACAUGUUAGAAUGCUAACUCAUGAGAUCAGAAGCACUCUUGAUAGGCAUACAAUACUGAAAACUACUCUUGUUGAGUUGGGUAGAACAUUGGCACUGGAAGAGUGUGCGUUAUGGAUGCCGACACGUACUGGGUUAGAGCUUCAACUUUCCUACACUCUUCAUCAUCAGAAUCCUGUAGGAUUUACUGUACCCAUUCAGCUUCCAGUAAUCAAUCAAGUAUUCAAUACCAACCGUGCAGUAAAAAUAUCUCCGAAUUGUCCAGUGGCAAGACUACGACAGCUAGCAGGAAGGUACAUGCCUGGGGAGGUUGUUGCUGUGCGUGUACCGCUUCUUCAUCUCUCUAAUUUCCAAAUUAAUGACUGGCCAGAGCUUUCAACGAGACGCUAUGCUUUGAUGGUUUUAAUGCUUCCCUCAGAUAGUGCACGGCAAUGGCAUGUCCAUGAGUUGGAACUUGUUGAAGUAGUUGCUGAUCAGGUGGCAGUUGCUCUUUCACAUGCUGCAAUCUUAGAAGAGUCAAUGAGAGCAAGGGAUCUUCUUAUGGAACAGAAUGUUGCACUUGAUCUGGCCAGGAGAGAAGCAGAGACAGCUGUUCAUGCUCGCAAUGAUUUCUUGGCUGUUAUGAACCACGAAAUGAGAACUCCUAUGCAUGCCAUUAUUGCACUCUCUUCAUUAUUGCAAGAGACUGAGCUGACACCUGAGCAACGUUUGAUGGUUGAAACAAUCCUAAAGAGCAGUAACCUUUUAGCUACGCUCAUAAAUGAUGUGUUAGAUCUUUCAAGGCUUGAAGAUGGUAGCUUUCAACUCGACAUUGGAACUUUUAACCUACAUGCGCUCUUCAGGGAGGUCCUUAACUUGAUAAAGCCUAUUGCAUCUGUCAAAAAGUUGUUUAUUUCAUUGAGUGUAGCUCCAGAUCUGCCGGAGUAUGCUGUUGGCGAUGACAAACGACUUAUUCAAGUUAUUUUAAAUGUCGUUGGCAAUGCUAUCAAGUUCUCAAAAGAGGGCAGUAUCUCAAUUUCAGCUUCUGUUGCGAAAUCAGAAUCUUUAAGAGAUCCCCACGCUCCUGACUUUUUUCCAGUACCAAGUGAUAAUCACUUUUAUAUGCGUGUACAGGUAAAAGAUUCAGGAUCAGGAAUCAACCCGCAAGAUAUUCGUAAAUUAUUUACCAAGUUUGAACAAUGUCAAUCACCAGCAACCAGAAAUUCUGGCAGUGGACUUGGCCUUGCAAUUUGCAAGAGAUUUGUAAAUCUCAUGAAGGGGUAUAUUUGGAUUGAAAGUGAAGGUCUUGGCAAGGGAUGUACUGCUGUAUUUAUCGUGAAACUGGGAUUCGCUGAGCGGUCAAAUGAAUUGAAGCUCCCUUUUGCACCUAAGCUGCCAGCAAAUCAUAGACAGACUAAUUUUCCGGGACUCAAAGUUCUUCUUGUGGAUGAUAAUGGGGUUAGUAGGAGUGUGACCAAGGGUCUUCUUGUGCACCUAGGAUGUGACGUAUUGACUGUCAACUCCAGGGAUGAGUGCUUGCGGGUAGUUUCUCAGGAACACAGGGUGGUGCUCAUGGAUAUAUCUAUACCUGGUGUAGGAGGUUAUGAAGUUGCUGUCCGAAUACAUGAAAAAUUCGCAAAUCGUCACGACAGGCCGCUGAUAGUAGCACUUACAGGAAAUACAGACAGGACAACAAAGGAGAACUGCUUAAGGGUUGGUAUGGAUGGAGUUAUGGUAAAACCUGUUUCAGUUGAUGAAAUGAGGAGAAUUCUGUCAGAGCUCUUGGAGCAUCGGGUUCUACUUGAAGCCCAAUAAUCUUUAAGAAAAUACUUACACCAGAAGACUCUUGUUGAAAAAAAGAAAAGAAAAGGCAGCUAUGUAAAAGCUUCAGUAGAGCUUCUUGUACAUACAACAAGGCGAUGUAGCAAGAUGAUGGAAGAUGGACAUGUAAUGCUCUGAUAAUUUGGCAUGGCAAUAGCAGGUUUACAAAUCCUUCUUGUACAACCUGUUGCUCUAUGUGCUUACUGGAAAAGGAAGCUAUAAGCGGGCCAUAGAAGUUGGAAAACACUCGUGCUUUGAAACUAAGUUGUGUAUUGUGAUAUGGUGGUGACUUUGUUACUUUGCUUCAAUAAUGUUGUCUUACAUUUGAAUCUUUGUACGUGCAUGAGAAUUGGAGGUUGGUGUUUUGACUUAAAAAGACCCCUCCCCUUUACCUGAAAAUGUUGAAAAUUUUGAAAUAUCCAAUGGUUAUGCAGAUUUUGUUCAAUUUUUCA